CAGAGGGAGGACUUUCUAGUCGCUGCGCGCCUUCCGCUGCGACUAAGGCUGGCGGGAAAGAGGCAGACGCCAGGGAUUCUGUUGCUUAAACGCCUGCGGCUGGAUUCCUCGGCUUCUCCGGUGGCGGGGAAGGGGUGGGGCACGAGUCUGGGGUCUGAGGAGUAAAUUAGGCUAUCUCUUCGUUCUUUCUGCAUUUUUCUUCCCCGUUCCAGGCUCCUCUAUGCCGUGAACCUCCAAAAUGGAGACCUUGGAAAGUCUAGAGAGGGUGGGGGCUCCCGACCCUCUCGGCCCCUCUCUGAUCCACUGUAUCUGACUCUGCCUUUUUCUUUUUUUUCCUCUGCGUGAAACCAGAGUUCCAGCCCCACCUCAGCCCCUCACCCCCGGGGCUUGGGUGUAUGGCUUUUCCUGAGCCUCAGUUUACCCUGGGCAGACGGGCGCCGUGACCCUCGCUGAAAGCCCCAUUGCCUUGGGUGUGACAGGGGGCGGCAGACACAAGGUUUAGCCUCCUGAAAGGGAUUUGCGCGGGGCGCAGGUGGGGCUGGUGGCCUCGCUUUGGGCAGCGGUGCCUGGUUUCCGCCUGGCUUUCGCACCGGGCGGGAGGGGCAAGUUCGCAGGAAAUAGCCACCGUCUGGGUUGCUGUUGCCUUUGGCCCCUGUGGGCGGCUGCGCCCUCCAGGAAGAAAUGGAGGAAAUUCCCCUCUCAUCCUGCCAGAGUUCCUCCUGACUCGAGGCCCAGUGACCCCGCCACCUCAGUAUUCCUCUCUGUGGAGUGGGGGCGUCUCCUUGGGAGCAGCGCUGUCUGGCCGCCGAUCUCCGGGCAGGAACAGACCUGUCGUUUCCCCAGGGGUAGAUCGGGAGGGCCCUGGGCUUUAAUCCCUCCUCUCCCAGUCCACAGCCGAGUGACAGGAGGGGCAGGUUUUGGAGUCCUGCAGACCCAAGCCCCAAAGGCAGGUGCAAAUACACGAGACCUUGGGCAAGCCCCUCAGCUUCCCAAGCCUCAGUUUCUCCAUCUGUCUGAGCUCGCACAGGCUCAGGGUUCAGGAGACUUUUGCAGAUGUUAAGAUGCCGUCGAAGAGCUCUGUAAACUGGCCCAUUUAAUCCUUUGGUAACUCAGUUAUUUCCUGCUUUGAAUUUUUGGUUGAUACCAUGUGUUUUCACUAAUGGAAGCAUGCUGAAUCACUGACUGUGUCUGAAUUUUUGGUAGGUAGUAAGGAUUUUUUUUUUUCUUGCCCCCUCCCACAAGCCUACCCUAAGUGUUUAGAUGUACAUGUAACUCAUUGUUGUAGAGUCGAUUCUGACUCAUAGCAACCCUACAGGACAGGGUAGAACUGCCCCACAGGGUUUCCAAGGAACGACUGGUGGAUUCAAACUACUGACCUUUGGUUAGUAGCCGUAGCUCUUAACCACUGCACCACCAGGGCCCUGGUACAUAUAAAGUGCCAGUAAUUAUACUCUAGAGUACCCACCGGGGCCUACUGGUACAUAUGCAUAACAAAUAAAAAUUUUCAAAAUUUCUAUUUUUCUUACCAAAAAUUCAGACACCUCAUGCAAUACCCUAUAAAAACAGUAUUUUGCAGCACAUGCCCAUUUCUUGGGUUUCAAACAGUCAUAAAGGCCCCUUCCUUGAGGCAGCACACACUGUCAGUGGGAUAGCAGCUUCCCAGUAAACCCCAGAGGCUGAAAAAUUUCAUGGUCGCUAUAUGUACUGCCGGGCACGAAAAGGUUAACUCAUUAAUAAAUGUCUGGGGUGUGGCACGCUGGGUACACGGCAGAGAAGGAAGCAGGGUCUCUGAUCUCAUGAGUUAGGUUCUGAUGAGGGGAGACAGUAGAGGCAAAAACAGUCACACAGUGGGUGGGAACUCUGGUGAUGGAUCAGAACUGGAGGAGUCCCCAUUCCAAACUAACUCUCACCUCUCACUCCCUUUCCCUAGCAUCCCUUUCCCCAGCAUAGCCAGGGCAGGGAGCCUGGAGGUGGGAGUCUGCCCCACAGCCAACUGUGCGUGAUGCGGAGAAGUGAUUCUAGCUCUGCUGAGAAGUGGACCUAGUGGAUGAGUGGAUGAAUCUUGCCAGCUGAGCGCCUAGAAUGAGGGCCAGGCAGGUGGUGGUAUGGAGGGGGUAGGCUCCUGUUCUCAGCAUAGUCCAAGCACCCCCGAGCAUUCAUAUUUGCCCCUAUCGACUAUCUGCCUACUCUGGCAAGAAUGCUUAUGCACCAGGCUUGUGAGGUCAGCUGGCUCUGAUAAUAGCCGUUUCACCCUGGCCCAUGGCCCCAGGGGCCUUGGGGGUGGAGCUAGCAUUUGUGCCCAACUUGUGGGGGGUAAGGGUGGCCAGGCCCAGACACACCUGCUGUGCAAGUACUUUCUAAUGCCUCAUGGGUUCUGAGAGGCAAGCCAGGACAGCCGGAUGUCUUCAUUUGAGCACUGAGCAUGCAGCUUCUGAAGUGAGUGGCUUGCCUAUGGGCACUUAUGUGGACAGAGGUAACCUCACUGGAAAUGAGGGUCCAAGGCUCUGGUUUCUGCUGCAACACUUUGGGUUUGGACAAAGUUGAUCUUCAGGCCCUGGCUCCCUCCCUCCUGCGAAGGAGCCUCCCUCGCCAGACUUAGGGUAGGCCAGGCACCCACAGGCACUUACUUCAGCAUUAUUAGUAGAAUAAAUAAAUGAAUGAGUGUACUCUUUCCAACAUAACCAAAUGCUUUUAAGAGAAGAUUUAUAUAUCUCUCACCAGGGUCUGGGAAGGCUUACUUAGUCCUUUCUACCCCCUUCCUCAGAGCAUUUUCAUUAAUACUGGAGACUAAAUCUUCCUAAGCCAAAGCAGACUCCCAAAUGACUCCCAACCCUGAGUGGAGGAAAGUGGCUGGAGGGUUGGGGUCCCUGAGAGAGUUUGGUGUUCCUGAUUUGAUUCUCAGGCCUCUGGAAUCCUGCAGCUGAGAUUCAGCCAGUUCAGUGUGUGGCUCCCUUGGGCAAGCCUCUUGACCUCAGCUUCCUCACCUGUCUGUCUCUCACCAAGGCUGUGGUGAUAGAAAUGAGCUGAGACUUGUUAGUGAAUGGGAAGGCUGAAUCCGGUAGAAGGAGGACAGUGGCACCUUCAGGUCAAAGUACAGAAUUGCAGCCUAGCUCUAUCAGACACAAAUUAGGAUGGCCAAGUGAUGAGAGAUGAAAUCCUAGAUUGAGGAGACCCUAAGUAGGAGAGAAUUCUUAUGGCCUAGGUGGAGCCAAGGUUUUUAAAAAAAAUUAUAAUGAACCCAGCUCAGUUGAGUUAGAAAGUUAGGGAGAGGUUCUAUAGGAACAUUCCAUAAGGCUGUAGUCCUAAACUACAUUAUGCAGGACAUUACGAGAAAGAAAAGACCAGUGAUGAUUCAUUGGAAAUUUUAUUCUCUAGAAGAUGUAUAAAGCGAAGGGGAGACUAUCUGGGGUCUGUCAGAGGCCAGAGAGGAUAGUGAAUAGUGUAGUAAAGAGCACGGAGUCUGUUGUCAGCCUGGAUUUGAAUCCCAGCACUGCCAUUCACUAGCUUUGUGACCUAGGGCAAGUUGCUUAACCCUUCUGAGAAUCAGGUUCCUCAUAUGUAAAUAGGAAGUAAUAGUAGCCUCUAUCUUGAAAUGAUAUGUGUAGGGGAACUGAACCCAGUGUUUGCUCUUGUAACCAUUCCAGCUCUGAAACGUUAGAGUUGCACAAUUUUCCUUAGUGUUGAGUGAGUACCCAGGCUGGCCCAGCAUGUUCACUGGAAGCUGGUAGUGUGGCUCUAGCUGAGGCCAUGGAGAACGUCCCCUGCCUUGCCAACUAAGGCCCAGCUGGCAGGCGUCUGGGCAUGAGACCACCUUCCUCCCUUCUUCCAGGUGUUUCUGUCCUAGUAAGGGAUGUCUCGGCUGGCACUGGGAGCUGGGAGGCACAAAUGUUCUUGGCCUAGAGGAAGGCAGGCUGAGUUCAACCAGGAUGGGCCAGGCGCCUCCCCCAGGAAGGAAGCUCAGUGUCCUAGGAUGUCAGAGCUAGAAGGGCUUUUGGAUCCGAAUGCAAAUGAUGAAACUGAGGCCUGUAGAGCGAGGGACUGGCUCAAGGUCAGCCUGUGGCAGUGUUAAGGAGAGUUUAGUGGGCACAUGCUUGAUGCCGAGCUUUGGGCUCCCCUCCUCCACCCAACUCCAUAGCAUCUUAUUGAAUCCUCACCAUUGCCUUAUGGGGGAAUGGAGGAUGGGCUGUUCUCACCCCCAUUUUGCAGAUGAGCAGCCAGGUUUGGAGCUUAAGCAACUUGAACCCAGGUCUGGCUGACUCAGCCACUGUGUUUCACCCAUAGUGAGUACUCACUCGUGGAUUGUAGCUGUGGUUUCUUCUUCUUCCCCAUCUCUCCCUCCCCAGGUCAAAGCCUCAGCUUCAUCACGCAGCCCAGCGAUUGCUCUGGCAGAGGGAAGAGGGAACUUCGCCAGAUGCUGGGAGGGGAGGAGCUGACGCAAAUGUCAGAUUACAUUAUUUUCCUUGCCCACCUGCCCAGCUAAUCUCUGUGCGUUCACACACAGACCCAAAUACACCACACGUGCACAGAUACACACACUGGGGCACUCAACGCACACACACAUGCACCCCCUCAGGUAUACAUUCCUGGGGCAGCCAUUCUUGCAUACCAUUUAGAUCCAGUGGUACCCACUUUACAAGGGUCUUUGGUGCCUACAUGUGCACGCAGCCUGGCACACAGAAGGGGCUCUGUAAUUUCUGGUGAGAGCAUGCAUAGCAUUCCAGACUGUGGGGAUUCUGGCUCCUCUUUUAACAGAGGGGAACUGGCCUUCAGAGAGUAGAACCAGCAGGGUCGUUCUGAGUGUCUGCCAUAUGCCAGGUAUGGUGGGACUACUAAGGCAAACAGGGGCAGGUGAAGGUGAUCGAUCUGUCUCCAUGGAGCUGCCUCUUCUGCCCCCACCUGUCCUCUUGACUCCAGGUGCCUUUGAAAAGGGGUAGAAUCAGGGGUGUCUUUUAGAAUGGGGCAAAUCUUGGUACAGCAUUAUCUCUCCCUAUUUCAAGCCUACCCCAAUCUACAGCCAGGGUGUCUGGGCCACCUGAGGCUUCCCAGACCACAGCUUCCCCCAGCACCUUCCUUCCCUGAGGCUUCCCAGAAAAGGGUAGCUUUGUACCUCCCAGCAGGGGGGUUAUGGAGUCCAGCUGAUCUGGGUUUGAAUCCAGGCUCUGCCACUUAUCAGCUAAGCCAGGCCUUGGGCUCUAGGUCAUACAUGGCUGGAUGACCCAGGACAGCCACUUCACCUCUUCAAACCUCCAGGCAUGUAGGAAGUGCUCAGGACACAGGAAUCUGCAUCACCACAGUGGCAGCGCAAAGUGGGCACAGUAGCAGCACCUAUUCUCAGGACCCCAUGGACGUGCUGGGGGAGCUCCCUCCAGACAAGAUGUCCAGCAAAGCCUCCGUGGUUCUGGCCUACAGUGGUGGCCUGGACACCUCCUGCAUCCUCGUGUGGCUGAAGGAACAAGGCUAUGAUGUCAUUGCCUACUUGGCUAACAUUGGCCAGAAGGAAGACUUCGAGGAAGCCAGGAAGAAGGCGCUGAAGCUUGGAGCCAAAAAGGUGUACAUUGAGGAUGUCAGCGAAGAGUUUGUGGAGGAAUUCAUCUGGCCUGCUAUCCAGUCUGGCGCAUUGUAUGAGGACCGCUACCUCCUGGGCACCUCUCUUGCUAGGCCCUGCAUUGCCCGCAAACAAGUGGAAAUUGCCCAGCGGGAGGGAGCCAAGUAUGUGUCUCAUGGUGCCACAGGAAAGGGGAACGAUCAGGUCCGGUUUGAACUCACUUGCUACUCACUGGCCCCCCAGAUUAAGGUUAUUGCCCCCUGGAGGAUGCCGGAGUUCUACAACCGGUUCAAGGGCCGCAAUGAUCUGAUGGAGUAUGCAAAGCAACACGGAAUCCCCAUCCCGGUCACCCCCAAGAACCCGUGGAGCAUGGACGAGAACCUUAUGCACAUCAGCUAUGAGGCUGGAAUCCUGGAGAACCCCAAGAACCAAGCGCCUCCAGAUCUCUACACAAAGACCCAGGACCCAGCCAAAGCCCCCGACAGCCCUGACAUCCUUGAGAUCCAGUUCAAGAAAGGGGUCCCUGUGCAGGUGACCAACGUCAAGGAUGGCACCACCCACUGCACAUCCUUGGAGCUCUUCAUGUACCUGAAUGAAGUCGCGGGCAAGCAUGGUGUGGGCCGCAUCGACAUCGUGGAGAACCGCUUCAUCGGAAUGAAGUCUCGAGGUAUCUACGAAACCCCAGCAGGGACGAUCCUCUACCACGCUCAUUUAGACAUCGAGGCCUUCACGAUGGAUCGGGAAGUGCGCAAAAUCAAACAAGGCCUGGGCUUGAAAUUUGCUGAGCUGGUGUACACCGGUUUCUGGCACAGCCCUGAGUGUGAGUUUGUCCGCUACUGCAUCACCAAGUCCCAGGAGCGGGUGGAAGGGAAGGUGCAGGUAUCUGUCUUCAAGGGUCAGGUGUACAUCCUCGGCCGGGAGUCCCCGCUGUCACUCUACAACGAGGAGCUGGUGAGCAUGAACGUCCAGGGCGAUUAUGAGCCGAUCGAUGCCACCGGUUUCAUCAACAUCAACUCCCUCAGGCUGAAGGAAUAUCAUCGACUCCAGAGCAAGGUUACCACCAAAUAGACCGGCUGACAAUGAGGAGCUGGGGCCUCCUCGCUUUGUCAAUUUCCCAAGUACAAGCACUAAUUGUUGUGAUAAUUUGUAAUUGUGACUUAUUCUCUCUGGCUGGCAGCAUCUUGGGGGCGCCAGAUCCCAGCUUUGUUCCCUGCCCCCCCUAGCCUGCAAAAGUGGUCAGCAAAACGAAGAGUGGGGGUGGCUACAGUGGGGAGCAGUAAAAUGACAAUUAAAAAAGAUACAUUAGCCUUUUGUUUCU